AUGAAAGUUACGAUAGCGGAAUUGGUUGUUUUGUUAUUUUCUGUAAUUUGUAUUGAUGGGAAGGAGGAGAAUGGGUGCACGUUGAUAACAGAUUAUCACGGUGACGCACCUUUAAGUGAGUCCGUAUGUUAUCUCAGUUGUCUUUCAGAUGCAUUAAAUAAAUUAUACGCUGAUGGAGAGAACAAACUGUUUGUGAAUGAGGAAGUGUAUGCAAAUGCAUUUCGUAUAUUGGAUGAUAUGGAAGGAAGAACAGGUGAAAGUGUUAGAUAUUUGAGUAUUAUUAGCGGUGUAAUGGAAGGGAAACAUGAUAAAUUGAAAAAGCUUAUAUCGUAUGGAAAUGCAAUGGGGGACCUUGUAGCUAAGGCAGGUGGAUUAUUUGCUGAGGUUAAUGAAAGUGUGAGGGCAGUGAGGAAAGAAAUACCUGGUGCCCUUAUAAAAGUGAAUAAAUAUUAUACGGCUAUUGCUGUGAUCACAAGGACUGUGUGGGAUGAUGUUGAGGCAUUGGAGCGUGACAGUGAUCCGAACUGCCAUGGCGAAAAAAUUAAAAAUGUUGGUGAGUUCCAAGUUACGUGUGGCGAACAUUUCUGCCCACUAAAAGAAGGUGUUAACGAAAGUACUCUUCAGAAAUAUAAGGAUGGAUGCCUUGAAAUAAAUGUUCAAGAUAAGUCUGGCCAAAUAAGUGAAUGCCUUAACUUACCAAGGAAUAGUUUGUACAAAAAUGGCGCAGUAAAGUAUUCAAGUGACGGAACGAAUUGGUAUGGAAACGGUAAUACUUAUUUUCAACUCAAACUCCACGUUCAUAGUAUGCUUUCCCCUCUCACAAUUCCCCUUGGUGCUGGCCAACCACCUUCUGCACCCCUAGACAUGAUGGCUAGUAUUACUUCCCUGUACUCUCGCUUCAACGAGAUACACAAAAACUUUACUUCAUUGCUACUUAACACCAAUUUUACUGGAAUUGUGAAUAGUAGUAAUUCCGAUUUUUAA